CAGUUGAAUAGAUUGCCUGUCCUCAGUUCCCGCCCCGCGCCUUACGCACGCCACGUUUCCCUUCUCGCGGGGAAUGAGACGCCUUGUUUUUAUAUUUUGCACGCUAGAAAACUAGAAAACCCGGCCGGCUGUUGUCUCGUUUUCCGCUUCAGACUAACAGGGGAAGGUAGACCACAGCAGGAGAAAAGAAAAUAGUGUCAGGGAAGAGAGAGCCGGAAACGGAUAAUAAUAAUAUCUAACGCGCAAAAACCGUGAAGUUUUUAACAGUUUCAUUUUCUUUGGCUUCGAGUUGUUGCUUCAUACUCUAAAACAAACUGAAAAUAACAUUAAAACAAUGGGAUUGCUCAAUUCCCUUUUAAUUUGACUGACGUUCUCUUCUUCAAGAAUUAUCGUGAAUUUAGGAAAACGUGCCUUUGGUAUCUUUAGAAAUUAAGAAAAGAGCCAGCUCUGUUUGAUUAGCGUGCACUGGAUGUUUAUCCGUCAGACUGUUUGUUGUGAACUUGUCAAUAAACAGCGAUUAAUUCUUGGUGCAGCGCUUGCAGGAAGAUCAUUUCAGUACAAAAAUAGGACAGGACGAAAACAUGUCAAGGAAAUAAGACAAACGAAAAAGAAACUGUCUUUCGAAACUUCGCUGGCUUCGUCAACGAAUUCAGAGCGACAUAGACCUAUUGAAGAAGCUCCUCUCUCCCAGUGGCGAAAGUAAAACGGUGUGUCAUUUGAAGCCAUCUACAAUUUCAUCAUCUAGGGGAAGCAGCGAGUGUCUGGCGUUAAACAGUGGUCCUGUAAUCAUUGCGUCGGUGGCUGAUCUGUAGUUAUAAAUUGGGAAAAUCGAAAAGUGUUCUGCUUAGGUGGACCAAGCUGUUGAUUCUACACAUCUAGACGCCCAAGAAAGACAGACAGGAAACGGGAAUUAAAGGCACUAUCAGUCCGACGUCAUGGGUUCCAAAGCUUUUGUACACAAGCUCCUGUUCUCCUUGGCGCUUUGCUCCAACCUGUACAGUGCAGAGAGCAGAACGUCAGCAAGACUGGCGCGAAUGCCCAUGUACUUCGGAAAAAGGAGCUUGUCCCCUGGUCUUCAGAUAGCCUCAGCUUCAGUUCCCGAUAGCUCUGUGUUUGCAGGAGGCAACGAGCGUAACCCAGCAGCUAAGAGAACCCUGCACCGUUUUGGCUGGUUACCACAAAGCCCUAUUGACUUGGCUUUUUUACUGAACACUUUUGACUUCUCAACGCAAGUUCCCUCGAGGCCAGCAAGAAGAGCUAGUAAGGUCAUGGCGAGAAUGCCUAGCUUUUACGGCAAACGAGCAAAAGCGUCACUUCCUUCGAAAGGUACUGACGACUCGGGGAUUGAUGUCGUUACAGACAACACUAAAAGACAAUCUGCCACAAUAGAUAGAAUGCCCAUUUUCUGGGGUCGUAAAAGAUCAGGAUCAUUCAAUAUUUUUGACGGAGGGAGGCGUGCGCAGCUGAGUCCAGAGGUCUUGGCUCUACUAAGCUUCUUGGACGAACUCAGAAAAACGGGAAGUUAUGACAAUCUAGGUACUGUGAUUAGCGCCAGCACAUCGUCUGAACAAAAUGCUGUGGAUCCAGCAGCAGCCACCACUCUGAGCCCUGACGUCACACCCAGUGCCUACAGCGAACGUGAUGAAGACACCAGAAGUCACGGAAAUGCGCCUAGUUGGAACAUACCCGGGGCGGGUUCAAUGAAAAGACGAUCUUCCUCUAGAAUCAACAGGAUGCCUUAUUACUUCGGGAAGCGUGAGGAUCCAAAACUUGAAGAGCAAACUAAACUCGCGUUGCUUCUAAAUCAAAACCCGAACGAUCAAACAGAUCCAAGUGGGUUGUUUUCUGAUCUGGACGGCUCCGCAGCAACGCUAUGGACUGAGCUGCAAGAACUCCUGUCUGCCGACGACAAUGCGAAGAACAACUGGAACGCAGAAUAUUUAAGCAAAGAACCUAUGUCCAAAAGUGUUACACCGAAAACAAACAAAGAAAGAGAUGGAGGAAAUGCAGAUGAUCAGUUCUCUAAAGUUCUCGAAGGAAACAGAGAGGCGGGCAAGGGGUAUGAUCCGGACUCUUACCUCGAAUUUGCCAAACAAAUUUUGUUUAACAAUAAAGUCAGCGCCAAUGAUUUGGACGAAUAUUUCAGAUAGCAAAAGAAAGACACUGCUUAAGCUCCCGGGAAAGUCGGACCUGAGUGAUUUGGCCAUAGACAAUAUUUAUCAUUGUUUAAAUAAUAUACUUUUGAAACUAAUACUUUGUCCAAUAACUAUAAGCGAACCUGUGUUUAUUCUAUUAAGUAUGCAUGUAUUAUUGACCAGUGGUAAUUCAAUGCAAUUAGUUGGGUAGGUUGUGUGAAAGAUAUGCUUAUUUUAAUAAAAUCUACAAAGUUCAGACAAAAGGCAACCCAGUGUUACAUUACAUAAUAAGGAUGAAAACAUAAAUGAAGAAAAAGGGGGGGGGGGGGUGUUUGAACGACUGUCAAUUUCCUGCCAGAUGUUAUUGCCCUUGUAUUCAAAUUAAAAAGAGAAACAAGUUGUUAUUCUCUGUCUUAUUUUGCAGGUUCUUGUUUUCUCUAAUGUGGAAAAAAAUUAUUGAACAUCAAAACCUCAAACUGUGCAAAUGAAAGAUAGCUAGACCAAAUUCCUCCAAACACCACAAAGGUACAUACGUUACGUUGCUUCUUAAGUAAUAGAAAUAUUGUGUUGCUAGUGGUAAAUAAUUCGUUUUGACAAUCACAAUCUCUCAUAUGCCAUAAAACAAUCUGAGAAAUGAAAAGUUCUCCUUUGAUCUAGUUAGUGUUGUUAUUAUCUUUAAUUGGUGUAUAAUCGCACGAUAAAAAACGUGACAAAUGGAAGCCUAGAAAAUGUUGCCUUACCAAAUGUUCGCUGAGUAAUGUAUGCUUUACGCAGUGCACUCCUAAUUCAUGUCAGUGUUAAAGAGCAGUUGUAGUCUGUUCAAAGAGUGGAAGGCAAAAUCAUAACUGAGUUAGUUGAGCGUAGGCUGUGAAUAAACUGGUUUCGGAAGACAGCAAAAUGCAGGAAGGAGACGGUUACCUUCGUAAGCGCAACUUCAGCGCAUCCUUUGGUACUGACUUAGACGAUACUUUUAGCCUCCUUGUAUCAGUUCUGGAAUCAGAUUACCAUUCAGAAGGUGCCAGCAGCGUUGGUUAUAAUUAUGCACUUUGCGGAGAAUUAUGUAAAACGUAAGGCAAAGUUUUGACGAAAUGUGACUUGUUUUCUGAGAGCAUCCGAGAAGAGAAAUGGGUGGCAAACUAUGACUGCUGAUGUAUGUUCCAGAUCUGGCACUUAAUGAUGAUGAGUGCAGUACUCUUAUUUGUUUUAAUGUUAACUUUGCUUUCGAUUAACGCUUAAAAGAAAGACUUCCAGAUUAAUAGAGGCACCGGUUGGGAUUUUUUUCAACGCAAGAAAUGUUUUCAUCUUCAAAUAUUACAAAAAUUUUGCUUAAACCGUUCAGUUUUACUGUAUCGUACUAGAUCUACAUCGGCAUAGUAUAAUUUGUCAGGAUCAUUUAUCUAAUUGAGUUACCAACUUCAAGCAAGAAAGCAUCUUUCUCUCAUUUAAUUCUCAUCUAUAGAUAUGUUGCAGGUGUGUUUGUAUUCGAGUUUUUAAGAAAGAAAUAAUGACGUUGUAUCCGUAGACCUAUUAAAUGAGUUUUUAAAAAAUAGAUUUUGCAGAAUUUCAUAGGGGUGGAAUAUAAUCCACGACCACGAACGACAAAAGACAAAUCUGAUCCCAAUAACUUUCACACUUGACACACCAAUCCCAAUAAAUUUGAUAAAAUAGUUGAAAACUGACAGCCAUCGAAAUGCAAACAAAGGCAUAUUGUAAAGGUCCUGCUGGGCGUCCCCUCCAAUGAAAGUGGGAAUUUGUCCACACUUUUCAUAAGCAGAAUGGUGAAUGUUUUGUAUUCAUUCCGUGAAAUGGCCAAGGAACAUUGCAUUUAUAUACAAACUUGGGUUUUUUCCUCUUUGAAUAACCUCUCCCUAGCGUUUCACUUUACUUUGGUUUUUAGAAAUAUGUUAGUCGGACAAAACGCUUACAGAAGCAACAGACCCGACCAUACGAGACAGUACGCUAACCUCAGUCUCAAUGCAUGAUACAAAGACCACUCUAAAAAAAUUGAUGAUAGUUUCUUUUUUCCAAGAAUAAACAUGCCACGUUAUUCUCCAAACACAGGGGACUCCAACACUCUUCCUGAAAAAAGAAUAAACAUUGUAUUCAUGAAAAUAUGAA